CCCCGCCCCUCGGCGGCGCCAGGUGCGGCGGCGGGAGCUCGGGCCGCGGCGGGCCGGGGCGCCAUGGCCGAGUCCCAGCUGAGCUGCCUGGACGAGGCGCACGUGAACGAGAGGGUGACCGAGGCGCAGGCCGCCUUCUACUACUGCGAGCGGCGGCGGGCCGCGCUGGAGGCGCUGCUGGGCGGCGGCGAGCAGGCCUACCACGAGCGGGUCUCGAAGGACGGGCUGCGGGGCUUCCUCUCCAGCCGGGAGCGCCAGGACCUCCGCGCCGCCUGGAGCCCCUACGAGGACGCCGCCCUCGCCGCUGCCCGGGGCAAGAGCAAGGGCAAGGCCAAGGACAAGGCCCCCGCGCAACCCCGGGACGAGCCCGGCGAGUCCCUGGCCUACUGGCCCGACCGUUCGGACACCGAGGUGCCCCCUCUGGACCUGGGCUGGACGGACACCGGUUUCUACCGCGGCGUGAGCCGCGUCACCCUCUUCACCCACCCCCCCAAGGAGGAGAAGGCGCCGCACCUCAAGGAGGUGGUCAGGCAGAUGAUCCAACAGGCCCAGAAGGUUAUUGCUGUGGUCAUGGACCUCUUCACUGACGGUGAUAUCUUCCAAGACAUUGUGGAUGCCGCCUCUAAGCGCUGCGUCCCCGUGUACAUCAUCCUGGACGAGGCAGGAGUGAAGUAUUUCCUGGAGAUGUGCCAGGGCCUGCAACUAGCUGACUUCCGUAUUCGGAACAUCCGUGUCCGCUCCGUGACAGGCAUCGGCUUCUACAUGCCCAUGGGGAAGAUCAAGGGGACCCUGUCAUCAAGGUUCCUGAUGGUGGAUGGUGACAAAGUAGUCACUGGAUCUUACAGGUUUACAUGGAGCUCCUCCUACGUGGACAGGAACCUUCUCCUCCUCCUGACAGGGCAGAACGUGGAGCCCUUCGACGUAGAGUUCCGGGAGCUGUACGCCAUCUCCGAGGAGGUGGACCUGUACCGGCAGCUGGGCCUGGCAGGCAGGCUUAGCCACUACUCGUCCACUGUGGCUCGCAAGCUUAUCAACCCCAAGUACGCCUUGGUGUCAGGCAGCCGCCACCCGCCGGGAGAGAUGAUGCGCUGGGCCGCCCGGCAACGGCAGGAGGCUGGCGGCCACACAGAUGGGCAGGAGGAGGGUGGCGGAGGUGGCGAGUCAGCUCGGCGCCUGGAGAGCUUCCUGAAUGACCUGGCUACCCUGGAGCAGGUGCUGCCCCCCGUGGAGCCCUUUCCCUCAGGAGAGCUGAGCCGGAAGGAUGGCAGGAUGGUCUCUCACACGCACACAGACCUGAAGCCCAAAUCCCGAGAGCCACUUAACCGAAAUGGCACGGGAGAAGCUGCCAACAGGGAGGCUGCCCCAGCCAAGGAGGGCAAGCGCUUUGGCAGCAGGCUCUUCAACAGUCGACGGGCCAAGAGGCCUGCAGCGCCCAAUGGCGUGGCCAGCUCCCUCUCCACCGAGACCUCUGCCGAAGUGGAGAUUGUGAUGCCAAGGAGGCCCAAUGAGGUUUCCAGCACCAUUGUCCCAGGUAAAACAAGUCCUGGUGCCAAGCCCAGCAACUGCGUGAUUUCCUGAGCCGCAGGACGGUGGUGGGCAAGACCUGUGGAUGCCUACCUGUCCUGUCCUGGGCUGUCUAGAGCACAGCGCACACCCUGUACCAGUUUGCACAUCAGACUCCACUGACCUCCUGCCCUGCAGCCUCCACCCUGGCCUCAGGGACCCUGAAUCCCAGAUGGGAGGGUCUGAAGCAUCUCAAGAUAAUCACACCGGACUGCCACUGGCUGGGCAGGGUCACUGCUGCCUUGUUUACAUGACGCGGAAGCCUGCCUGGUGUCCGUUCUCCUUUAUGCCCGACCCUCCCUCCACUGGGCUAACCUCGUCCCACAGGUCCCCGUAUGGGGCGAGGGAAUGUCUCUGUGCCUCAUCAGGAGGGGGUCUCGAGGGCAACCCCAGCACCCUGGCUUCUCCUUACUUGAGCUUCCUGGUGCUUCUGGUCCCCCAAGAGACUGGUGAAAUAAAAGGAAAGAGGACAGGGCUCUGAGCCAGGUGCCAGAGUCCCAUCCUUGCUCUAGCCUCUGAACUAAGAGGCAGCUGGGACAGCGGGGGGCACUGGUUGCUGUGGCCUUUGUGGCCCAGUCCCUGCAGGCUCCUGUACUAGACUCUGAAUGGAACGAGGGGACUAGGCCUCAGCCUCCUGCUGCCAGUGGCAGAAUUUGACACUGCUGUUCUGAGAGCCUUCCUACUGAAGUCUCCUUUCCCUCUGCGCCAUCCUCGCAGUCUCGGCCUGAGCAGCCCAGGCCUCUUGGCUUUGCCUGCUGCAAGCCCGUGUGGGCUCCCGUAGUGCCUUUACCUGGACCACCUCCCUCAGCGUGUCUUGGUUUGCAGCCCAACGCAGCGGAGGGCUUGGCCAAGGGGGAUUGUGGGACAAGGGCAGUUGCCCUUUCCCCCCCCACCCCUCAGAUGGUCCUCAGUCCCCUUCACCAGCCAGGGUAUCCCCCGUUACAUCUCAGCCACAGACUAGCUUUAGCUCCUGUGAAAAGUCAGCCAUGUUUAGGAGCCGUGGCCUCCCCAGGCCGACAAGUAGACGCUCCCACACUGCCGCCUACCCCGUGACUGGAGCGGGCUGAGGAGAGAAACCGCCAGCUGCAGACUGGGGGGGGGGGCUGUGGGCAGGGUGAGGACAGGUCAGAGCCUCGGGAAGCAAAGGGCUGAAGCUCCCGUGAAAGGGCCUUGGCCUCUGACCUCUGAACUAAACUCUUGUCCUCUUUAUUUUCUUCUGAAAAUCCCUGGGACACCACCAGCACCUGGGGGAGGGGCACCAACAUCUGCAGGGCCACCCAUGUGACAGGCAAGAAAAGGAUGGAGGGGCUGCUGUGAGAGAAAGCAGGAAGUGGGGGCAGCCAGGGCUGAGGCAGUGGGGAGGGGAGAGGAAGGAGGAGCCUGAGCCAGGCACCCCCGCUUGUCCUGAGGUGAGCAUCCAGGUGUGGGGAAGGGACCCUGACCUACCUCUCUGAGCUUUUGUGAGGAUUAAACACUUCUGGGAAGUGUUUCCUUACCCAC